AUGCUUUCUCGUAGGAGUAUUUGUCGGUUGCGAUUACCGCUACUGCCACGGUAUCAAUCAACCUAUGUGCAUCCCGUUUCGAAACUGGGGCAGGAGCUCAGCGAGCAACUUGCGUCGGGCGAUACUAAUGAAUUGUAUUCUUCAUUGAAGGAUCAUCUCGAGAAAUUUUCAAAUGAAAUGACGGAUCCAACCACCUUGCAGAGGUCGUUUGGUUUGAACGCUCCGCUGGUUCAAUUUCUGAAAAAAUCUGCGACAGAUAAGGAAUCGCAUGUAGAUCCCUACCAGAUCCUCAAUACGCUGUGUGACUAUAAAGUGGCCAGAUCUCCUCAUUUCGAGGUUGUUUUGAGACACUUGUUGCUUCAUGGAUCGCCGCAGGACGUAAUCGCGUUGUGGGUGAAAUAUCUGGAAACCAUAGCAGAGAACCCAAAUGCUGUAUCUCGGUCGUUCAACAACCGCAAUGGUAACAACGAUUCCCACCAGACUAACGUAGCAUUGACAAGUAUAGCGUAUCUCAUGCUGCCCGAAGUCAAGCCUGAUUUCCAGAUGUUAUGUCAAAUUUUGCAAGUGGAUCAGAGUUCAGGCCAAAGAAUACCUUUUAACAAGAUAAAAUUUUUGAUCAAUUCGCUAUUCAAAGGUGAAAGAAAGGAGCAGUUGACAGAAAAUUCCAAAUCUUUGUUUCAUCAGUAUGUGAACUCUGACAAAGAAUCGUUUCUAAGACAGUUGGACGGCACUUUACAAUUCCAUCACCUGCAGGACCUGUACAAUCAGUACCGCGGAGGCUCUGUGGAUCCGGAAAUCAUUGCCAAGUUUAUGGAGAAAUUUCUGCUCUGUAACAAUCCAGCCGGCGCAGUCAAGAUAUUUAACGAGAAUAAGGCUUUGGACUCUUCUUCGCUGAAGAAUAUGCUACUAAUUGCCGUAGCGACUUUACCUGCUAAUACAAGAAACGUCAGAUUAGACCGAAUCUUGGCCAUCUGGAAUAGUCUCAUCAAGCCGGCCGGUCCAUCGGCCUCGUCAUACGCUUCCUUAGUCCAAGCACUCGGUGUAUCAAAGAACUUUGGAGCCUUGCAAAACAUUUGGGAUGAAGAAAUAUCAGAAGAUCUGAAGAAAGAUCCUGUUGUGUUAGAACCAUAUCUAACUGCGAUCUUGAAAGAUAACGACAAGGCCAAGUUUGACGAAAUAGCUGGGAAAUUACCUGCUGAUAUUACAUCCAUUGACUUGAUAAAUGCCGUACUCUCAAAGAUGGUAAAGGAUAACGUCUCUAAUGAGAAAUUCAACUCCUUCUUUACUGCUCAAUUUGCCAAAAGAGAAGAUUCAGGCUUGCAGAAGAGACCAAAUAUUGAAACUUUGGCCGUUAGGAUGUGGGCAAACUAUCACUACGCAGCUGAUAAGGAAUCGUUCGAUUUCCUCAAAAGUGUCUUUCAAAGCAAGAAGAACGUUUUGAAGGUGAAUGCUAUCAUUGAAAAUUUCAUUCGCUUGGCUCCAUCGAUAGAUCCUGUCCACAAAUUAUUUCCGCAAGUGAAGGAGCCUUUAGACACGAGAAAGUAUGGUGCCUUUAUUAAUGCAGAAUUUACUAAACCAGGCGGAAGUUACGAGAGGGCUGAGCAAAUCUUCAAAAACUUUCUGGAGGACUCGACGCCUCAUUCGAAAAAAAUAGACAGGUUUGUACUAGAACCAUUGAUCUGCGGUUUCAGCGAGCUUGCUAUAACCGAACGCGAUCCUAGCUUCCUGCUCAAAGUCUCCACCUACUAUACGUUUGCUUCCAAAGUCAACCUGGAACUAACAUAUCAAACUGUCGCCAGGAUUUUGCAUUCAUUAGCACUAGUUGCCAAAGAGAAUUCAGGAAAAUUUAAUACUCUGCAACAGCAGUUCGUUGAUCUUUUCCUGAAAGAUAUGGGUUCGAUGAAGAAUUUUAGCCCUAAUACACGGGAUGUCGAAACGUUACGCAAGGCAAAUGUAAAAAUAGGCGAAGAAAUCUCAUAG